UUGGUUUUUCUCCUUUGCUUCUUCCGCGGAAUCCUUCCUCUAAUGGCUUAACCAGUAAUCCAAACUUUCUCUCUCUGAAACUCUCUCUCGUUUUCUCCGAGAGAACUCGUGUACGCAUUGGUGAUCUGUGUGUGCCUUGCUCUUCUAAUCUCAGUUCUUUGAUCUUGUCUUCUGUGUAGCGUCAAAGAUGGGCUUUCUUUGAAACAGAUGUAAAUAAAACGGAUUAACAUUGGGGCACACUUGGUGUAAUGCUAGCUUUGCCGGAGUUUGAGUGGAGUUUUGCAACAUGUUGAUAGUUUUUUCAUUGAUUGCCUGUCACUCCUGCAAUGAGAAGUGGAUUUUUUAUGACAACGAAUGCUUCAAGCUACAGUUUGGAACUGCGAAAUCUCUAAAAGCUAAUUGCAGACACUGUUUUGUCAGUGCAGACACCUCCUUUUGGAGGAUGAUUGAAUUCCAUUGAAAAUUUUCUGAUUAUCUUUAGCUGCGCCUGUAAUUAUGGAAAGUGAUGCUGCGGUUUUUAUUUCCAGAUACAAAAUCUUGAAAGAGCUUGGAGAUGGUACUUGUGGUUGUGUAUAUAAGGCCUGGGAUAAGCUAACCGGCGAGAUUGUUGCUGUCAAGAAAUUAAAGAGAAAGUUUUACUUUUGGCAAGAACACACAAAGUUACGAGAACUAAAGGCGCUUCGUAAAUUAAAUCAUCCCAAUAUCAUAAAGUUGAAGGAGGUUGUCAGAGAAAACAAUGAACUCUUCUUCAUUUUUGAGUACAUGGAUUGUAAUCUGUAUGAAAUAAUGAGAGACCGACAAAGUCCAUUUUCAGAAGAAGAGAUCCGGAACUUUAUGUCUCAAGUGUUGCAAGGACUUAGUCACAUGCACAGAAAUGGAUAUUUUCAUCGAGAUCUAAAACCUGAAAAUUUGCUGGUGACAAACAACUUUCUUAAAAUUGCCGACUUUGGACUGGCUAGAGAAGUGUCAUCAGUGGGUCCUUAUACUGAAUAUGUUUCCACACGGUGGUAUCGGGCACCAGAAGUUUUGUUGCAGUCUCCAUCCUACACUCCAGCUGUUGAUAUGUGGGCAGCAGGGGUCAUACUAGCUGAGCUUUUCACUUUAUCCCCCAUUUUCCCCGGUAAAAGUGAAAUGGAUCAAUUGUGCAAGAUAUGCCAUAUACUUGGUGCACCGGACUUUACUAUUUUCCCUGAAGGGACGAACACCUCCCGCUUGCUCAGCAUUUUUAGCUGUGAAGAGAUUUCACCUGCAAACCUUUCCGAUAUCAUUCCAAGUGCUAGUUCAGAAGCUAUUGACUUGAUUUUGCAACUAUGUUCGUGGAAUCCUUCAAGGAGGCCAUCAGCAGAUGAAUCAUUACAACAUCCUUUUUUCCAUGUGGAUUGGGUUCCUUAUCCACUUCGUGAUCCGCUUGAGCUAAAACUGAGCAAUGCAGGAGCAAAGCCAAAACUGGAGUUGAAUUUACAGGACUUUGGCCCUGAACCUGAAGACUGUUUUCUUGGCUUGACAUUGGCUGUGAAGCCCAGUGUUUCGAACUUAGAAGUAGUGCAUAAUGUUUCUCAGGGUUUUGGAGAGGACAUACUGUUUUGUUCUGGUCUGAACGAUCAUUCAGAACGGUCAGUUUUUUGGCCACUAAUUUCUCCUGAUCGAAAUAGAAUUCAACCCCGAGUUGAGUCGUCCUUAUCAUUAUCAUUCAGUUCAUUUCAACGUCCAUAAAAUGGGAGAUCCAUAAUCUGUAAGGUUCUCAAUCACAUCCCGGCAGCCUGAUCUC